AUGGCGUGGCCGCCAUGGGGACUGCAUGGGGAGCGCCGGGUCUCAGGCAGCCGCGGAACCACAGCAGAGCCCGUCCUACAGCAGCACCACCAUUCCAAGCCUCACUGGCGGUCCUGCAUGUUCCUGAGGAAGUUUAAACGCCGCCGGCAGCGCGCCAAGCGGACAAUCAUAGAAUACGUUACUGUAAAAGACGUGAACCAGGAGGAGCUCGUCAGAGCUCUGGCAGCCUUCCUCAAAAAGUCCGGAAAGCUCAAAGUCCCUCAAUGACUGGACACUGUCAAGCUGGCCAAGCAUGAUGAGCUUGCUCCCUACGAUGAGAAUUGGUUCUACACAUGAGCUGCUUCCACAGCGCAGCUCCUGUACCUUCAGGGAGGCACUGGGAUUGGCUCCAUGACCAAGAUCUAUGGAGGACGACAGAGAAAUGGUGUCAUCCCCAGCCACUUUAGCAGAGGCUCUAAGAGCGUGGCCCGCAGGGUCCUCCAUGCCCUGGAGGGGCUGAAAAUGGUGGAAAAGGAUCAGGGGGGCCGCAAAUUGACACCUCAGGGACAGAGAGAUCUGCACAGAAUCGCAGCGCAGGUGGCAGCUGCCAACAAGAAGCAUCAGAACAAGUGCUGGGUAAAUAAAAUUGCCUCAUUUGUAAAAAAACAACAACGGUGUCCAGAAAUUAGUUUUAUUAUAAAACUAGUGGCCUGCCCUGCCGGCCUCGCUGACCUGGUCAAGGUCAUACGUGGUCCCUGUCCUGUCCACGCCCCGUGUCGGCGUUGUGACCCCAGGGAUCACAUCAGGAAGAAACUGAAAGCAGCGUGGUCAGCCCUUCUGAGUCACCUGAACCUUCAGUGGUUUGCAGCCCUCAAGCUGGAUUUGGAGGAGAAGCUGUUUGGGCAGCAUCUGGCCACGGAGGUGAUUCUCAAGGCGCUGACUGGCUUCAGGAGCAACGACAAUCCCAAGAAACCACUGACUCUUUCCUUGCACGGCUGGGCUGGCAACAAGUUGUUGUUUUCCCCUUUGAGAGCACGAGGGAUAGGGGAGCACUUCUGCACCCCUUGGCCCAGCUUUGAGCCUCCACGUCCUAUUUCUUUUCUGGAUGGUCAGGACCAGUUACAGAGGUGGAUUCAGGGUAACGUGAGUGCCUGUGCAAGCUCCGUGUUCAUAUUUGAUGAGAUGGACAAACUGCACCCCGGGCUCAUCGACGCCAUCAAGCCGUUCCUGGACUACUAUGAGCAGGUCGGUGGCGUGUCGUACCGGAAGGCGGUCUUCAUCUUCCUCAGCAACGCAGGCGGGGACCUCAUCACGAAGACGGCCCUGGAGUUCUGGCGGGCGGGCAGGAGGAGGGAGGACAUCCAGCUGAAGGACCUGGAGCACGCGCUGUCGGUGGGCGUCUUCAACAACAAGCACAGUGAGUCCAGGGGCAGCCCUGCGCCUGCCGCAGUCCUCGCCCCCAAGCCUCUCACAGAGGCUGGGGACCCGCUCGCCUCCGGGGCUUUGCCGGGCCGGGGCUUUCUCAGGGUGUUUCUCAGGGGUUCUAUGAAAGGUAACCUAAGGGGUGAUCUGAUCAAAAAUUCCUAA